UUUCCUGUCAUGGCACCCGCCAUCUUGGGCCUGUCUGGUUCGAGCUGGCUUCUCGUGGAGCGCGGCCCGCGUGGGCAUCCGCCUCCCCUGCCAGGGGGCCACGCUCCCCUCCCCUCCCCUCCCCUGCAGGGAGCCCGUCGGAACAGACUCAGGGCCUACUGUGGCACCCAGAGGAGGAGAAAGGCAGGGGGUGCUCUCCCAGUAGGAGCUCAGGGAGUUUCUGAAACAGCUCAGGACACAAAGGACCAGGAAGUGGGGCCUCUUCUGCAUUUCGGCGUCCUGCCUGCAGGCGAGCGGUUUGCUGCCGCCGCCGAGACGCCCUUCCGGUGCCUCUGAAGGCAUUUUCUCCCGGCGCAGCUGCGACUUCUCCGCCAGUGCCUUCGGAGAAAGAGAUCUGGAGGACGAGGAGAGGAAAAAAAAACCCAAAAAACAAACAAGAAGGAAUGGCUGGGUCCCAGAUCUUGUGUCAAAGCCAGACCUGGUCAUCUUUUUGGAGCAAGAGAAGGAGCUCAGGGAUGUGAAGAGAGAGGAGAAGGUAGCCACACACUCAGGCGUGCAGUUAACUGGUGAAGAGGCUGUGUUGGUGGCUUUAAAGGCAUUUUCUUCCUGAUGCAACCGUGAUUUCAUCACUGAAAUCAACCGAGCAAGAAAUCUAGCGGACGAGGUGGAAGAAGAAGAAAAUGGCCAGUUCUCAGGAACUGCUGACGUUCAGGGAUGUGGCCAUAGAAUUCUCUCAGGACGAGUGGGGAUUCCUGAACGUCGUUCAGUGGGAACUGUACAGGGAUGUGAUGUUAGAGAACUACGGACACCUCCUUUUCUUGGGUCUUGCUGUGUCAAAGCCAGACCUGGUCAUGUUUUUGGAGGAAAAGAAGGAGCUGUGUGAUGUGAACGAAAAGGAAACCAUAGCCACACCCCCAGCCGUAUCUUCAAAUGACACCCAGAGCUUGCUGCCAAAGCCGUGCAUAGAAUCUUGUUUUCAGAAUGUGUCACUGGGUAGAUAUAAACAGAGUGCCCUUGAGAAUUUACACUUAAUGAUAGACUGGGACAAUGAUGGAGAGAGUGCAGAGCAUCCGAGAUACGAAGGACGUAUCCAAACAGAGAUAACUGCCCAUUAUGAGAAUCUCACCGCCCCAGACGGUGAAGGAUAUAAAACAUUCUGGACGACAUCCCUUUUUAAGUCAACUACUUCUGCAAAGCCUUGUGUUUCUGUAAGCAAUGGCUCAAAUCCAAUGAUCAAAGAUACGUAUAUGCAGAAUCCAAAUUUGGAAAAUCUAGAAAAUUACCUAGUCCAGGCUGAAAAUAAUUAUUUGAACCAUUUUGAAAAUAGGUUUGCAUUGACCUUUCAGUCCAAUAUUUCUGAAAAUCAGGGAUUUAAAAAUGAAGAAAAAAGCGCUAUGUGGUAUCAGUUUGAGAGUUCCUUCACCGAGGAGUCGACCCUGCAAAACUACCAGAGCAUUUUCAAUGAAAACAUAAUUGCUCAAUACAGUGAAUCUGAGAAGAUAUUUAUCCAGGGGUCAAAUGUUAAUAAACAUCUGAUUACUCAUUUUCCAGAGAACCAUUUUGAGUGUAAUAAAUGGGAAGUCUUUUAUCAAGGCUCCAACCUUAUUAUACAUAAGAGUAUGCAUAUGGGAGAGAAUCCUUAUAAAUAUAAUGAAUGUGACAAAGCUCUUAACCAGACCUCCAAUGUUAUUGAUCAUCAGAGAAUGCAUGUGGGAAAAAACUCCUACAGACGUAAUAAACCUGGGAACAUGUAUAGUCAGUCAUCAAGACUGUAUAUACAUAAGACAAUCGGUGCUGGAGAGAAAAGUUACAUUUGUAACGAAUGUGGCAAGGUCUUUAUCCACCACUCAAGCCUUACUCAACAUCACAGAAUUCAUACUGGAGAGAAUCUUUACAAAUGUAAUGAGUGUGGAAAACUCUUUACCAGGCACUCACAUCUUACUGAACAUCACAGAAUCCAUACUGGAGAAAAACCAUACAAAUGUCAAGAAUGUGGGAUGGCCUUUACCCAGCAUGCAACCCUUGUUGGUCAUUACAGAGUUCAUACAGGUGAGAAACCUUACCAAUGUAAAGAAUGUGGCAAGACCUUUAAAUGGCACUCAAUCCUUAGUAAACAUUACAGAACUCACACUGGAGAGAAACCUUACAUAUGUAAAGAAUGUGGCAAGGCCUUUAGGCAGCAUACAACCCUUACUCACCAUUACAGAACUCAUACUGGAGAGAAACCUUACCAAUGUAAAGAAUGUGGCCAAGCCUUUAUCCAGCACUCCAACCUUACUCAACAUCACAGAAUUCAUACGGGAGAGAAACCUUACCAAUGUAAUGAAUGUGGCCAAGCUUUUAACCAUCACUCAUACCUUACCCAACAUCACAGAAUCCAUACUGGAGAGAAACCUUACCAAUGUAAAGAAUGUGGCCAGUCCUUUAACCAGCACUCCAACCUGACUCGACAUCACAGGAUUCAUACUGGAGAGAAACCUUUCAAAUGUAAAGAAUGUGGCCAGGCCUUUAACCAGCACUCACAUCUUAAUCAACAUCACAGAAUCCAUACUAGAGAGAAACCUUUCCAAUGUAAAGAAUGUGGCCAGGCCUUUAACAGACACUCAAACCUUACUCAGCAUCACAGAAUUCAUACAGGAGAGAAACCUUUCCAAUGUAAAGAAUGUGGCCAGGCCUUUAACAGGCACUCAUACCUUACUCGACAUCACAGAGUCCAUACUGGAGAGAAACCUUACAAAUGUAAAGUAUGUGGCCAGGCCUUUAACAGGCACUCAAACCUUACUCGACAUCACAGAAUUCAUACUGGAGAGAAACCUUACAAAUGUGAAGAAUGUGGCCACACCUUUAUCCAGUAUUCACAUCUUAUUCAACAUCACAGAAUACACACUUAAGAGAAACCUUACCAAAGUAAAGAAUGUGGCAAAACAUUUAAUCUCUGGUUAACCUUUACUCAUUAUCACAGAAUUCACACUGGAGCAAACCUUACAAAUCUAAAGAAUGAGAAAACUAUUAAGGACUUCUCAGCCCUUACUCCACAUCAGAGAAUUCUAUUGGAGAGGAACCAUACAAAUGUCAAGAAUGUAGCCCAACCUUUAAGCAAUGCUAAACCCUGACUCCUGAACAGAGAAGUUAUACUGGAGAGGAGUUUGCAAAUAUAAAGAAUUUGGCAAGCCCUUUAAUCAGAGGUCAAGCCUCAUUCAACAUCACAGAAUUAAUACUGGAGGAAAAAUUUACCAAUGUAAAGAAUCUGGUAAGACUUUUAGGCUCAACCCUACUGAGCAUCACAGACUUUAUACUGAGGAGAAACAUUACAGAAGUAAAGAAUGUGGCAAUCCUGUAGCCGAAACUCACAAUUUGUUCAACAUCAUAGCUAUCUUAACAGUUUAGAAACCGUAACAUGUAGAGAAAGUUGCAGUGCCUUUAACCGGAAUCCAAAUGCACACCAGAUUCAAUCCCUGAAAAUGUAAUGAAUGAGCAAAGACCUUCAUUUUAAUGUACAUUUUAGCAAACACCAGAGUGCAUAGAGGAAAGUGACUUGAAAGAUAUAAAUAUUUAGGAAAAUAUUUAAUUGAAUAUCAAAUGUCAAUAGAGGUGACAAAUCAAGUGGCAAGCAUUAUGUCAGUCAACCUAUUUAGACAUUACAUCAAAAUACUCAUUAUAAGUAAAAAUACAAAGCUAAACACUUAGAUAAUAUAUAUGCUAAUAUGCUUCAAAAGCUUAAGUGGAUGGAUUUUUGCAUAGGUAUAAUUAAUUUCAAUGUGUUUUUUUUUUCUUACAUUGACCCUGAGAUAUUUGACUAGCAAGUAUUAUUGUAUUUCUACUCUCAAAUCGCAGAAUUCAUUCCUAGUGGGUGUGUGAAAGUAUGUGGCUGGUUGUUGAUGCAUCAAAGAUAUGAGAUGUCCUUCAUUAGGUGGGACUCCUGCAUACCUAAAUUUUCAUGGAAGAUGGAGGACAGUCUGAUGUACAAUAUGAAGAAAAUCUAAAUGGAGAUGCUAUUUAUGCUUAUAAUGAGAUAGGUGUUCAGAACAUCAAUCUUCUCCAUUUAUUCAAAGUAAAACCUUUCCCGAAUAUGAUAAGUAUUUUUUAUUUUACCAACUGGUAUUUAAGAAAAAAGACAUGGCAGUCUUGUAAAAUACUGGCGUAUCUUCAUAACAGCUAAAAUUCGAUGUAGAUAAUGUCAGUUGAUGUGGUUGAAAUGGAUCAAUCCUCGCAGAUGUCAGAAAGGAUAGCAAAUGCUUCCCCCAAACGGCAUAUGAUUUUUAGAUAGACAUUUUUUAAGAAGGACCUCAGGCCUGAAAAUUAUGGAAAGUACUAUUUCCACAUCAUUAUAUCAGGAGACCAAUGCUUUUUGAAUGCCUGUAUUCUGUAUUUUGAAGAAGGGUUAUAGAGUGGAUUUGGGAUGCAUUACUUAGUCUAUUUGUGAACUUAAUAUAUUUUAGUUACUAAAACAUAAUGGUUUUUAACGUGUUCGCAUGGACGUGUAAUGAAUGAAGUAUUAUCCCACCACCAAUGUUAACCUAUCUCCUUUUUAUUUAAGGUUGUAGGAAACUGAUGAUAUCUAUCACGUAUUUGUAAUGGAGUGGAAUAAUACACCUAGAAAUCCAUUUUCUCAGUGGCUUUAAAGUUUAAAUAAUGUGUGAUUAUUUUUUCCCUAGUUUCUCAAUUGUAUAAUUUUCUCCUUUUCGGGACUAGUGGGAUAGUACACGGAUAUAUUAUAGAUUAUAUAGAGGUAUUAUAGACCGUUUAGCUCAAGGACUCCAUGUUGGUGCCACUUGGCAGCCAUUUUGUAUAGCCAGUAGUUUCGCAGGGACUUGAACUAACACCGGCCUUUUCUCACUAGUAUGGUCCCUAGAUAACACCCUGUAGAGUCACAAGUUAGUGUAACUUUUUUUUUUUUUAUUGUUUAUUUAUUUAUUUUGAGAGAGAGAGGGUGAGGGGCAGAGAGAGACGGAGACAGAAAACCCCAAGCAGGCUCUGUGCCAGCAGGGCAGAACCCAACUUGGGCUAAACUCACAAGCCUUAAGAUCAUGAUCUGAGUCCUUUAGCAGAUUGAGUCACUCCGGCGACCCGUAGUGUAACUUCUGAUAUAACUUCUUCCCCCCCCUCAACUUUUCCCCUUGUGUGACCCUUAGAGAAGAUUCCCACAGAAUUUACCUAAACCUAUUGUAGUCAAUGACCCAAUCUGGACCUUGCACAGGGACUCUAAAGCACCACAUUAUGGCCCCAAAUAAAGGUAUGUGCCCCCAGUCAUAAGGGGGGGAAUGUUUUGAUACUUAACAUGAAGUAAGCAUGUAUGUAUGACAAUACUGGUUGAGUAGUAGAUACCCAUAAGUAGGGAAACAUUCCAAUGGGAGUGAUAUAGCCCCAGGUAAGAGCUAGAUAACAGGAUGAAGAAUUGGCAUAAAUUCUGCCUGUGGAGAGAAGACACUUGAGUUACACAACUGACUCUCUGCGUUUCAAAAAAUAAAGCUUCUAUUUUGUUUUAUUUCCUAGUUAUCUCUAGAUCUCCAGUUCUGUUUUUCCUCAUUUUUGUUUCCAGCUGCAUAGGCAUCAAAAACCUUUUCUCCCUGUGUUGGCGGCUAGAACGUCCUCACUGAAAUCCUAAAUGCGAUCAUAGAGAUGUUUGGCCAGUGGGACAUGGUACUUUUUUUUUUUUAUUAAAUUAUUUUUUUAACGUUUAUUCAUCAUUGAGAGAGAGAGACAGAGCGUGAGCUGGGGAGGAGUAGAGAGGGGAAAACAAUCCAAAGCAGGCUCCAGGCUCCGAGCUGUCAGCACAGAGCCCGAUGCGGCGCUCAAACUCACAAACUGCAAGAUCAUGACCCGAGCCGAAGUCGGUUGCUCAACCAACUGAGCCACCCAGGUGCCCCCAGUGGGACACAGUAUUAAUUCAGACAUUUAGCACUGGGAUGUGGAAUGAGAACAUAAGUAAAACGUGACCAUGACAUCAUCUUUAGAGAGAUAAGACCUAUGAAAUGAAAAUGUGAGGUACCCUUUCAAUGUGGCAAGGGAACUGGAGGUGGCUCCCUUUUGUCACCAAAGUCAUAGGCAGCUCUUGGUGGUGUCAUCUAAUGAGUAAAUGUCACAGAGAUGAGGAUUUUGGAAAUGGGGUGAGUUUCUGAGGAUUAAGAAAUUCAUCUUUUAUCUUCAUGAUUCAGUCGAAUUGUGUGUUACUGAAGAACAGAUUUUGGAUGGUGAUUACUGUGAUUGCCCAGACACAGAUCAGUGACAGUGGAUGGAGGAGGGGGUAAUGAAUGGUGCACAGGUGUGGGCCUAGCUAUAAAAUGUCACAUAUAAGAGUAAAUUUUGGAGAUGAAGCCUUCUGGACACUAAUAGGAUCAGCAAGUCAUGUGCUGUGGUUGGUCUCAUCAAAGCACUAAUAUCCCAGGUAUAUAAGCCCAUUUAUGGUUAGAUCCACUCUACGAGGGUGACGUUUUAGGGAAGCUGAUGCAUUGCUGUGAGGGACCUUCCUGUCUUCAGUCAGCCCGUGAUGAGUAUAGUUCUGUGUUCUGAUUCUUUCCAAGGCACAGAAUUGUUGAAGUUGGAGAAUUAGUGGCAGUGAGCAUUUUUGAUUCAAACAGUCCAGCACAAGUGUUCACUGACUAACGAACGAAUAAGAGAGAUACCGUCUAUGUACACAACGGAAUAUUACCCAGCCAUAAAAAGCAAUGAAAUCUUGACAUUUGCACUGACCUGGAUGGAGGUAGAGUAUUGUAUAAAC